AUGCCAACUUACACAAAGAAGAUGUGGGUACCUCCACAGAAUGUCCUAAUGCCUCUUUUUAUUUGGAUUACAGGUUUUCCUCCAAUAUGGCCACUGCCACCACCAUUACCACCACCACCACCACCAAAUUAUCCCCCACCUCCACCACCACCAAACUACCCUCCACCUCCACCACCACUAGUGGCCAGAAGCAGAAACAGUAUUGCUUUGCCUCCUUCAUCAUCAAAUGACAAGUCUCCUAGUAUGAAAGCCAAAAACAGUGUCUCUUUGUCUCCUUUAUCAUCAAAUGAAAAGUCUCCUAGAGGUGAGGCCAGAAACAGAAACAGCAUUGCAUUGUCUUCAGCCUCAAAUGAGAAGUCUCCUAGAGGUGAGGCCAGAAAUAGAAAGAGUGUUGCUUUGCCUCCUUCAUCAUCAAAUGAGACGUCGCCUAGAUGGGAGGCCAGAAACAGAAACAGUGUCGCUUUGUCUCCUUCAUCAUCAAAUGAGAAGUCUCUAAGAGAUGAGGCCAGAAACAGAAACAGUGUCGCUUUCUCUCCUUCAUCAUCAAAUGAGAAGUCUCCUAGAGGUGAGGCUAGAAACAAUGUCGCUUUGUCUCUUUCAUCAUCAAAUGAGAAAUCUCCUACAGUUGAGGCCAGAAACAGAAAUGGUGUCACUUUACCUCCUUCAUCAUCAAAUGAGAAGUCUUCUGGAGGUGAGGCCAGAAACAGUGUCUUUUUGUCUCCUUCAUCAUCAGAUGAGAAAUCUCCUAGAGGUGAGGCCAGAAACAGAAAUAGUGUCACUUUGUCUCUUUCAUCAUCAAAUGAGAAAUCUCCUACAGGUGAGGCCAGAAACAGAAAUGGUGUCACUUUACCUCCUUCAUCAUCAAAUGAGAAGUCUUCUGGAGGUGAGGCCAGAAACAGUGUCUUUUUGUCUCCUUCAUCAUCAAAUGAGAAAUCUCCUAGAGGUGAGGCCAGAAACAGAAAUAGUGUCGCUUUGUCUCUUUCAUCAUCAAAUGACAAGUCUCCUAGAGCGGAGGCCAGAAACAGAAACAAUAUCAAUUUGUCUCCUCUAUCAUCAAACAGUAAUCAGCCAACAUUAGCAACCCCACCAUCAGUUAGAAGAAGCAAAGAGAGCAACAGUGUUCAUCCACCUCAUCUUCUUCUGAGUCAUCUUAGAUCUUCCAGCCCUGCUGUCAGAGGUGCAACACCUCCUUCACCAUCACAGACACCCUCAGAAUCGCCAUUACCACAGUCUGACUCUUCAGUGUUAGACAAAGCCAACGAGUGUGUUUUAGAGUCCACUCACACAUCUUCAGGGAUAGUACCAUCAUCUUCACCACCAAUUUCGAGAUGCAGAGACACUAAUGAUGUACCUCCUCCUCUUCCUUGCAAGAUGGCCUCUGAUUUGGUUUGUAGAAGAAAGCCAUCUCUCCCUCCAUCAGAAAAACUACCAAAAUCUCAUCACCUAAGGCAAUCUUCAACCCAAAAUGCACCUGGAGAUUCUGUCCUGCUUAACACACCGACAUUUCCAAGUCCUUGCAGAGGUCGCCCAUCAACUGCACCACCACCACCACCACCUCCUCCUAUGAGGAAUGACUUUCCUAGUUCUUUGUUUAGAGCACCUUCUUAUCCUUUACCACAACCACCAUCACCACCAGUGACACCAGUUCCAAACACGAUGCACAAAAACAUUGGUAAAAUAUCUCCAGUCCCUCCACCUCCACAAAGAGAGUCUAACAGAAGAACACCACCUCCUUAUCCAUCAACGAUACCUCCAGAGUCUCAGGUUUCUCUGCCUCAGGCUUUACCUCAGAUUGACCUUAGAGUGCAGCAGGUACAGAAACCGUCUGGUCCUUCUCCAUCAAGAAUUAAAAGAAACAAAAGAUAAUUCAACUCCACGCACUACAUAAUGCAGCAUGAAUUUCCUAGACUUCUCCCUGGCCUUGAAUACAAAAUCAGCACAGAUACUUUGUUCUGUAGGUAUCACCUGCUUUGUUCCAAACUCGUCAUGGCAAAGGAUGAAAAGACAUAACUUUGUGACUGUCUACAGGGCUUCUCAACUUUCAUUUGUCUGGCUUCAGUUACAUAUUUGAUCUACAUGUGGACUGUAUCCAACAGAUCAGAUUAAUUGUUACUUCAUUUUAAUAUCAUUCAGGAAAAGAAGCAUGUGAACUUAGAUGAUGCUUGAUUUAUAAUGCCCAACUAUAUGAGAGAGUCAGAACAUGGUGGUCUCAUUUACUUUUCCUAUCACAGGGAAUCAAGUUUCCACACUAUUACUCUUUGGAACUUCCUACACCUCAUGGCGAACUACUUUUUUCUUCUCUCUGACUACACUGUUCCUAGUCUUCCUCCUUUGACCUCGACAUAGCAAACUUGCACUAAUCUCUUUUUCAAAACAAACAUAUUUACAGAACAGAAUAACUUAAAAGUGUUUAGUAACCUUGUCAAAGUACAUUACUGAGGAAUCACCUAUACGUGUUUGACAAUGAGAGUGAAGUGGAACAGACAGUAUUACUUAUACCUUUGUUGGUGUUUCAGACAAUUGUGAGCCCCUAUUAGGAAAUCACAAAAUGAUUGAUGUGAACAUGGUUUAUUGGCCUCAUAAGCUCCAUAUAACAGAAAAUAAGCAUCCCACACCUGGGCAAACAUCAACACACUACCAUAAUACAUACAAAUUGGUCCAAAUGUAGGCCUGCGAUUAUCCUAUACAUAUGUUUAUUUUGUUCACAGUAUUUCUUAAAUCAACUAUAGGCAUUAAAACAUCCACAAUGUGCAAAGGCUCAUCAUCAGUGCUUCAUGACCAGAUAUAUAGCUUUUUCAUGUAACUGAAUCGCUUGCUGUUUUGGUACAUUUGAAUGACAACCCACAUGUAUCUCAUCACUGCAACAGACCAUAACCAGAAUUAUUAACAUCAAGUAAACCUCAACUGCAUGGUUGUGUUUUUAAAACCAGAUGUCUUUGUUUGCAAUCAAUAAAAACUAACAUAUCUUGUUGAAAAUAUUGUCUCCUAUCAAAAAAUUACCCAGAUAAGUAUGUUUUUCAGUGUAUAAUAAAAGAAAAGGAAUGUAGAAGAAAG